GCAUAAAUGUGAAACCUUUGCAGGAAAUGACCAGUAUUGUAUAUUUUCUCUCGGUUGAACCGAAGGAGCGCAGGUAAGUCAGAUUGUGGUACAUUUAUUUUAUAAUCGUAGUGCAGUGCAAUGCUGCUACGCGGCCGACGUGUGUAGCAGCUGAUUUUCAAAGAUGGCCGGUACUGAUACAAACAAAUAGUGGCCAGCGGUGCGCUGGAUUCACCGUCCCAUAAAACGUAAUAAACACACAAAAAAAGAUGCAGAGAAGAGAGCGGUGAGCCAAUAAAAAGAUGGCUUACGACCCACGCAACGUGAAGUACCCACCGGAGGUUCACCAACAUCAUACUCAAGCCUCGGGAUAUCCCUUCUCGGUUCAUCAUUCCCAAACAGAUGAGAACCGGAAUGAAAAUAACUGUGGCAAUAAGGAGACUCGGCAGUCUCUGGGAACGCAGACUAUACAAAAAGUUGAUGCAGCGACGAUGACAGAUCCACUGCAGAUAGAUUUUAGACUGACUUCAGAAUAUUUAGCUCGCUGCUCCAGCACUCUUGGUCUUCCCUAUGUUUCUAAAUACGAGGAGAACAGUAAUGCAUCUUCACAAAAUUGUCAAGAAGUCAGACCCAAAGUCGAUUAUGAUAUUGUGCCUCAGAACAUAAAUGGUAUGCUGAUAUACAACUGUCCCGAGUGCGCCUACAGAUUCGAGGAUCGUGAUUCUCUUCACGAGCAUCUCGAGGAUCACAGGCAGAGGCCUCACAUAUGUGACAUAUGCGGAGCGAGUUUGAAGCGUAAGGAACAUUUGGAUCGUCACAAGCAAGGUCACAACAAAGAUCGACCUUACCAGUGUUCAAUGUGUUGCAAAGCGUUCAAAAGGAACGAGCAUUUGGCACGUCAUAUGAUAAUACACUCGGGUAGCAAGAAUCAAAUAUGUACCGAGUGUGGGAAAGCGUUUUAUCGUAAGGAUCAUUUGAAGAAGCAUUUACAGAGUCACAACGGUACGCGGAAGAGUCCCGGUAGUUCGCAGAGUACGCAGAGCGCUCAAAAUUCUGGGGAACAGGAGGGUAUAAACACGAAUUAUCCAAUGAUGAUGAGGCCCUCGGGGCCGCCACCGUUUUCAAUUCUUCGCACUUAGUGCUCUCGUCCUAAUAUACAUGUUAUUAAUUCAAGAAACACACACUAACUGGAAUUAAUCUUGAUGCAGCAUAAUUUAAAAUAAUCAGAUGUGCACAUUAUGGGGAGGGGUGUACCGAUCAGCGAUUAUUUUUUAAAAUAACGAGAAAAUCAUAAACGCUUCUGUCGUAUUUCUCGGCUGUGAUGACUUGACACCGAGUUGGGCCUAAAAGCGAACGGAGAAGUUAAAAAUGGCUAGAUCAUCGGGCGAUCUCGAAGCACAACGGGCAAUAGUUACUUAGAAGGAAAGGACUGACGAGAGCAACGGACAUGAAACCCUUAGCACGUUCUAAAUAAUAAGACUACAAAAAAUAGGUUUAGAAUGAGUCCGCAGGCAGACACGAUCUGUAUCGUGAACUUGAAAACGAGACAAAAUAAAAUGCGGCGUACGCGAGAAGCUCAGUAGGAAUCGGAUGAUCUGUGCUCGCAAGUGUCCAUUUUUAGCGCGUGUAAUAAUCGAAUUAAUCAUUUCAAACGUUUACACCGUACGUAUAUUCAUCGUACACGACAAUUAUUCAUACAUUAUUGCAUAUACACGUAUACAUAUGAAUAUUAUACGAAUGUAUGUAUAUAUGAUAAUGUAGAAAAUGAAUCGUUACGUCGCAUCGUCCCAAUCUUGUACAUUACGAUAUUUAAUAAGGAAAAUAAUAAAUGAUCGACCAUGUAUAUCUACAAUAUUCGCUUUAUCGAAUUAACAUUUUAGAAACUAAUGAAAAAAUGAGAUAAAAAUAACACGAAUGAGCACUCAAAAAUUAUUAUACCAAAUUGUGAUGCUCGUUUAAAUUGUAUGAGAAAGAAGGCGGAAGGAGAGUUAUGAAAUGGAAACACGCACCUGUGUACGUGAGACCAAUCUUUGUUAUUGGUUGUAGACGAUAAUGAAAAUAAACGUUUAUUAUUGAAAAGAUA